CCUCGGUUCCCCAGUCAACUGGCAGAUCGCGUCAAGGAUCAUGUAAUGUCACAUUUAAAAAAUUUUGGGUUGCAAAAACGCGAUGACGAUCGCUGAUGACGUGCCAUAUAUCCCUUGUAAGCGAAAGCUGAUAACUGUGACAAAGGAACAAUGUGUUCUAGCAGAACAGCAGCAAAGAGGCUUUACAUCAUUUCAACAGCUUUUCUCAGGACGCAGCAGUCAUUCGUAUAAUUUGAAACGUAUCAACAUUGAAUUGAAAAAUAUUUAUGACAAUUCGAACAUACAGAUUGCUCCAGGACAUGACAGGAGGGAUCGCCAACAGAAUAAGGACAAGUAUGAAUUAAAGACCAGCCAAUUAGAGUCGAGUACUUUAUGUACCACAAACGGAUAACGUUA